AUGAGCUCAACUGGCACAGAUCAAAAUGAAAUUACACAAUUACUUGCUAUAUCUGAUGUUCUGUUUGCUUACGUUGGGUUAACUAUUAUGCUGCUGGGAACGUUUGGAAAUACAAUUGAUGUUAUAUCAUUUGCUCGUCUGGAAAGUUUAAAAACCUUAGCAAGCGCAUUAUUUUUACUAGCUUCUGCUAUUGCUAGUCAAUGCGUAUUGUCGUUCGGGUUACUUACAAGAGUUAUUGGCGGCUUUUCAGGUAUCGAUCCUCUUUAUACAUCUGUAGUCCUUUGUAAAAUACGCUGGAUGGUUAGAACGGCAUCUGGUGCAGUAUCUUUAACGUGUAUAUGUUUUGCAGCAAUCGAUCGAUAUUUGUUCUCGUGCCAUGAGAUACAUCGUUAUCACCUGAUUACAAUGAAAAGAGCACGUUGGGCUAUCUUAAUAUCAAUCUUCUUUUGGUUGAGCGUUUUUUCAUCUUAUGCGAUUUUCUAUACAUCACCGACUCCUCUAUCUUGCACUAUUGCUAAUCCAGUCUUUGCUUAUUUUGCAUCGUAUUUCAACUUAUUUCAUUAUAGUAUUUUACCGCUCAGUGUAAUAUCGACCUUCUCUAUGUUAACAUGGCAUAAUUUAGGACAACAACCAGCAACAUAUCUAAGAGGUGGCAUUCGAUUACAUGAUCAAGUCACUCGAAUGCUAAUUGAACAAAGUAUUGGUAUAUUGAUUACUUCAUUUCCUAAUAUGAUUUGGCAAAUAUAUACUGUUUCGACUAAUUCAGCAAUAAAAAGUGCUCUACAAUUAGCAAAAGAGAAUCUAAUUAAUACUAUUUGUGUACUUACUGGUUUUAGUACACAUGCAAUAACAUUUUAUAUUUAUCUACUUGCUUCGUCUACUUUUCGUAAGAAUGUUCAAGAAAUGUUUUUAAGUCGUCGAAUUACACCAUCAAGAAAUGUUGAUCUUGUCCAAAUAACAAUAACAAAGCCAGACCAAAGAGAAACAGUGCGCAUUCCUUAA